CUUCACGUCGCAGGUCUCUAUUGAAUUCCUGAUAACUGCAACAGGUUCUCCCGAAUCGGUCGUCUCUACCUCCCAGGCGCCUGACUUACGCCUUCCCCUCUGCUGCCUAGCGUUGCUUCGACACUUCAAGCCUGCCACCGCCAGCCUCGGACUCCAACGCUCGAAGAUGGGAUGCAACAGCUCCAGAAAGCAACUGCCGCAGUUCGUUCUUUUCGGUGAUUCGCUUACCGAAUGGAGCUUCGACGACUCGACUCAGGGUUUUGGCUGGUAUCUCACAGACUUGUACAAGGGCAAGGCUAAGAUCGUCAACGAAGGCUACGCUGGCUACACCUCGGAACACGUCAAGCCCGAGUUUUCCCGCAUAAUGACACGCAUUACCGCCCCUUUCGCCCCAUCAACCCUCCUCUUUACCAUCUUCCUUGGCGCGAAUGAUGCCUGCUUCGUCGGGAAGACAGAAUACGUGCCUCUCCCACAGUUCUCGGACAACAUCCGCUCAUUCGUCGAAGAAAUCCUCAUCCAGGAUAAUCUUGCGGACGCGAAAAUAGUGCUGAUCACGCCGCCGCCGGUAAACGUCCCGGACCCGCUGCCCGGUGAUGACGAGGGUUUGGGUCCGGCAAUGGCGAAAGCGCUGAAGGGCAAGGAGCCAAAGCAGGAUCGGGCGUAUUUGACGUACAUGAGUAAGAAACGGUAUGCAGAUGGUAUCAUGUCCAUCGCAAAAGAAUACGAAGAGACAGACAGGGUAGUAGGGCUUAACUACUGGAGGGCAUUGGUGGAUGCAGGAUUAGAAGAGCAGGGAAGGACAGGGGAGCUGGACGAGGAUUUGUUUCCAGGGUGUGGGCUGGCUGGAGCGAAGGAGUUCGGAAGUGGAUGGUUCACGGAUGGGUUGCAUCUGGACAAGAAGGCGUACAAUGUCUUGUCCAAGGCGCUCACGGAGACGGUGAUUGGGAAAUGGCCUGAGCUCUCGCCCGAACGCAUUGGGACGUGAGGUAUGUGGGGGUGAAGAUCCGGGGCCGGAUCCUUCCCGCAGGGUCCACGCAUGUAACGGCGACAUGGCACGGCUGUACCCUAAGGUCUCAAUCAUAUAGAGGUAUCGAAUUUAGCCUCAUUUGGAUGGACGAGAUUAUCCUCUGUUUAUGGUGUUGCCGCUCCCCUUGGGGUUAUCCUCCUUGAACUCGUCCCACGCACGUGCCUUCAUCGUCUCCUCAUCCGCCAGUCGUAGGUCAUCCUCGUCCACCUCCGGUCGGAUUCCGGACUGCUCGCCGCCUCCCUCGAUAAUACCGCCCCUCCUCUUCUCUUCCUCCAGGUACUCGUCAAUAGUCAUAGUGGGUAGGCUGUGAUCCGGUCUGAACACGCCCUGCUG